AUGGCGGCUGCAGGCUUGGUCGCUGUGUCCCCCGCCGCCGAGUGCUCUGGCCCAGUAGCGUCAGGAGGUAACUUCUCCAGCAUUAACUGCGGCCCAAGCUCUGGGGUGUGCCCUGGUCCAGGCCCAGGUUCAUGGAGCCGUUCCCUCGAUCGAGCCCUGGAAGAGGCGGCGGUAACUGGGGUGUUGAACCUGAGCGGCCGGAAACUGAGGGAGUUUCCCCGAGGAGCGGCCAACCACGACCUGACGGACACCACCGGAGCCGACCUGUCACGAAACCGCCUCUCAGAAGUUCCUAUAGAAGCAUGUCACUUUGUUUCUCUUGAGAAUCUCAAUUUGUACCAAAACUGUAUUCGGUAUAUUCCAGAGGCAAUUUUAAAUCUACAGACACUAACAUUUUUAAAUAUCAGUCGGAACCAACUAUCAACAUUGCCAGUGCAUUUGUGCAAUUUACCACUGAAAGUUUUAAUUGCUAGCAAUAACAAAUUGGUCUCACUUCCAGAAGAAAUUGGAUAUCUCAGAAAUUUGACAGAACUUGAUGUGAGCUGCAAUGAGAUUCAGACAAUACCCUCCCAGAUUGGUAAUCUGGAAGCCUUGAGAGAUCUUAAUGUAAGAAGAAAUCACUUAGUACGUUUGCCUGAAGAACUAGCAGAGCUGCCUUUGAUACGGUUAGACUUUUCCUGCAACAAAAUUACAACAAUUCCUGUUUGUUAUCGGAACCUCAGACAUCUACAGAUGAUCACUCUAGAUAACAAUCCACUACAGUCUCCUCCUGCACAGAUAUGUAUAAAAGGCAAAAUCCACAUAUUUAAAUACCUGAAUAUACAAGCCUGUAAGAUUGCUCCAGACCUGCCUGAUUAUGAUAGGAGACCCUUGGGUUUUGGCUCCUGCCAUGAAGAACUGUACUCAAGUCGCCCUUAUGGAGCCCUUGAUUCAGGUUUCAAUAGCGUGGACAGUGGUGAUAAGCGGUGGUCAGGGAAUGAACCUACAGAUGAAUUUUCAGAUCUGCCUCUUCAAGUAGCAGAGAUGACUAAAGAACAGAGACUACGAAGAGAAAGCCAGUACCAAGAGAACCGCAGCAGUUUGGUGGUAACAAAUGGUGGAGUGGAACAUGAUCUGGAUCAGAUUGAUUACAUCGACAGCUGUGCUGCAGAGGAAGAAGAAGACGAGGUGAGGCAGCUCAAGGGCCUGGACUCAGACAGUCUCAGUUCACAGUUUAUGGCAUAUAUUGAACAGCGGCGAAUCUCUCAUGAGGGUUCCCCAGUUAAGCCAGUAGCCAUUAGGGAGUUUCAAAAAUCAGAAGAUAUGAGAAGGUUUGCACAUCAUAGCAGGGUUCCAGUUGAGUCAUCUUCUCUUUUGUCAGGAUCACCAAGUCAUAAUCAGCUAUCACACACAGACUUGGAACUUCAUCGGAGAAGAGAACAAUUAAUAGAGCGCACUCGGAGAGAGGCACAGCGUGUUGUCCUACAGUAUGAAGAGGAGAAAAUGAGGACCAAGCAGAUUCAGAGAGAUGCUGUCCUGGACUUCGUCAAACAAAAAGCAUCACAAAGUCCACAGAAACAAUUCCCCUUAGAUGGUGAGUGUCCUUUCCCAUCCAGAAGGUGUCAGCAUACUGAUGAUAGUGCCUUGUUAGUGUCGCUGUCAGGGUUGGAUCAAGUGGGCUGUGCUACUACCCUGCCGCAUUCUUCUGCCUUCACGCCUCUUAAGAAUGAGGACAGAUCUAAUGCUUCAUCAAGUUCACCUACAGCAGAAACAGUUCAUCAUUCCCCUGCAUAUCUCCUUCCUGCUGCUGCUAAUCAGAGAAACCAGCCCCAACGCCCUGAAAGCUUCCUUUACCGAGCAGCUGUCAGGGCAGAAACAAGUAAAGGUCAUGGUUCACCCCUUCUGUCAUCUUCUGCACCUAACAUUGAUUCUACUGAUACUAUAACAAGGCAGAAUUUGAGACUGCGAGAAGAGGAGCUGGAAUUAAUAGAUCAACUACGGAAACAUAUCGAGUACCGGUUGAAAGUCUCUCUACCUUGUGAUCUGGGAGCAGCUCUGACUGAUGGUGUUGUUCUUUGCCAUCUGGCCAAUCAUGUGCGGCCUCGAUCUGUCCCAAGCAUUCAUGUUCCCUCACCAGCUGUACCUAAAUUAACAAUGGCAAAAUGUAGACGAAAUGUGGAAAAUUUCCUAGAAGCUUGCAGAAAAAUUGGAGUACCUCAGGAACAAUUAUGUUUGCCUCUCCACAUUUUAGAAGAGAAAGGUUUGAGCCAGGUUGCAGUGACGGUCCAGGCUCUCCUGGAACUAGCUCCGCCCAAGCAACAGCAGCACCAGUUAUCUGCUAUUUAAGGACUCCCCGGGAUUUGGGCCUUGACCUGGCCAAAACAAGGAUCAGGACAUCAUGAUUGCUGCUGCCAGCCACCUGCUUACACACAGCGCUUACGUAUUCUUUGAAGGGACUGUUCCCAUGAUUCCUAACCAGGAAUGUUUUGCUUCAUUUCUCCAUUUUAGGGGAGGUUCUAUCAUUGUCCACUGAAAUUUUUUUUUUUAUCAAGACACCAGUUGGUUUUUCUCAUAUGAAAGUUAAUUCU